AUGGAGAGCUCUAAAAUUCCAAUGCGAGGCAAAGUCAAGGACGCUGAGGCCGAAGCCUUACUUCGAUUGCUUCGCCAGGAGAAGGAAUAUAGCGAAAGACUGUUAGCGCCGCAAAUUCAGCAAAGAGCUCCUUUACCGGCAAUAGGUAGCAGUGGUAAUGAUAAUACAACGCAACAAGCGCAGUUAUGCGAGCAGGAAACUGUUGCAACAUUUAUAACGCAAACAGGAGAAAGUUCUGGCUUUCUUUACGAUAAUUACGAGAAAGAGUUGCUAAGUGGUUCAAACUUUAUUUGGACUCCGAAAACGGAUGUGUACAACCAGCCGCGCGCUCCGUCUCACAAAGGCGUUUACGUUCCAUCGUUUUCAUGGAGGGACGAACAAUGUUUCUCCUAUCCACAGUUUGAUCAGCCUCGGAAAAAGUCGAAGGCUCGGACGUUACCGCCUAUUGAAAUACCAGUAUCACCAUGCAGUGAUCUUCCCGAGCGACCUACCAGUCCCAGACCGGGAUCGCCGAAGUUUUGGGACGAUUAA